AUGGACUACUAUGCUUUCAUUAUUCCUUGUGUGAAUUGGAUUGCUACCUUACUACUGAUUAUCAAACUCUAGAUUUUCAUGAAUGUGUUUAUCAAUUUUACUUUCUUGUCCGAAUCUUUCAUGUCUUAUAUCUUAAGGAUGUUUUUCACUAAAUUCGUCUUCCUUUUCAUGAAAUGUGAGAAUAGCACUGCUUUUACGAAGAACUGUAAAUAUUUUUAUCAAGGUUACAACAUUCAAAAACCCGAAAACACAAAUAGCUGCAUAAAUAGCAAUCCUUAGAAUAAAUUGACUAUUAAAGUGUGA